AUGGCUUUCUUAUUCAACCGUGGCCGACGUCAGCCGCUAGAAGUAGUGCGGUCCAUCAAGGACCUACUAGAGAAGCUGCGCGAAACCCCCAACACUCCAAAGAUUGAAGAGGAGUUGGCGAGGCAGUUGUCCCAGAUGAAACUGAUGAUUCAAGGCACUCAAGAGAUCGAUACAUCCCCCGAGCAGGUGCAGGCAUUAGUCGGAGCUAUGGUACACGAAGACUUACUCCACGAGCUAGCCCAUAACAUCCACAUCCUUCCCUUCGAAGCUCGAAAAGAUACUCAGACCAUAUUUUCCCACGUCCUCCGCUUCAGACCGGCCCAUGCCGCACACGGCGACCCUCCUGUUAUUUCAUACAUCGUUCACCACCGACCAGAGAUUAUAGUGGAGCUUUGUCGCGGAUACAACCACAGCCAGAGUGCAAUGCCAUGUGGUACCAUCUUAAGAGAGGCGCUCAAGUUCGACGUCAUUGCUGCGAUUAUCCUUUACGACCAGUCGACAGGUGACGAACCCGCGAUCCGGCUCACGAAUGUACGGCCGGGUAACCCUCAAAAUGGAGAUGGUGUGUUCUGGCAAUUCUUCGGAUGGAUCGACCGGGGGAGCUUCGAAGUCAGCGCAGACGCGUUCACGACAUUCAGGGAGACUUUGACUCGACACAAGUCGGUGGUGACCGGAUACCUGGCGGCCAACUUCGACCUAUUCUUUUCGAGAUUCAACAAUAUCCUUAUACAGUCCGAGUCAUAUGUGACCAAGCGACAGAGUAUCAAGCUCCUGGGGGAGCUUUUACUAGACCGCGCCAACUACAAUGUGAUGAUGGCGUAUGUUGAGAGCGGGGAGAACCUCAAACUGUGCAUGAAACUGCUGCGCGACGACCGAAAGAUGGUUCAGUACGAAGGAUUCCACGUGUUCAAGGUCUUCGUCGCAAACCCGAACAAAUCAGUGGCCGUGCAGCGGAUUCUGAUCAACAACCGGGAUCGCCUAUUGAAAUUCCUCCCCAAAUUCCUUGAGGAUCGUACCGAUGACGACCAAUUUACCGAUGAGAAGAGCUUCUUGGUGCGCCAGAUUGAGCUGCUGCCCAAGGAGCCCAUCGAACCGGCGCAAUCGGCCUACGACGGCGUACGAACGACUACCGCCGUAGCCUAA